AUACACACACGAGGUUCCACCAUGAAGACGCUGCUGCUCCUCGCACUCUUCUCCGUUUGCAACGCAAACAUCCUGUGGCAUGAGAAGCCCAAGACCAACCUGGACCUGGUGAAGGAUGCCUUCUGGGAGUACUACAACCAGGUGGCCUCGCCGGCCGAGGAGACCCUGGACCGGAUUCGCAAGUCUGAGCUGGGACAGGAAGUCAAUGUCUGGAUCUCUCAGAGCACCGACACCGUGAACCACUACGUGGCAGGUCUGCGCAGCCAGGUGGCUCCCGUCACCGAGAACUUCAUGAGCCAGUUCAGCCAUCAGGCCGAGGUCCUGAAGGCCACUCUGGAGAAGGACCUGGCCAUGGUCGGCGACAAACUGAAGCCGCACGCCGAGCAGCUGGUGCUUCAGCUGCAGACCCAGAUCGAGGACCUGAAGAGGGAGGCCUCCGUCUACGCCGACUCCAUGGACCCCGAGAACCUGAAGACCAUCGUUCAGCAGCACAGCCAGGAGAUGAUGAACCACCUGGACACACGCGUGGCCGAGCUCAAGACCCAGAUGGUUCCUUACACUGAGGAGAUGAAUCAGAAGAUGAGGGACAACCUGGAGGAGUUCCAGAAGGUGGUGGUGCCGAUGACCCAGACCUUCGGGAUGCAACUGAGCCAGAAGACGGAGGAGGUCCAGCAGAAACUGGCCACCUAUGGAGAGGAGCUGAAGGCCAAGCUGGACGCCACCUCGCAGGACCUGCAGGCUCAGCUCUCCACACUCUGGGAGUCCUUCACCAAGAAGAUCCAGUAACUUUCAAUCCAGUCAUUCCAAUAAUUUAUUUUGUCCCUCUGUAUUUUUGUCUAAUAAAACUGUGAA